GCAGGGACAGAGGGAGAGGAUGAAAGUUAGUGUCCACUCACUCUCGCUAUGUUCUGCAGUUUGCUGCAGGCCAGCAACAUGAGGACGCUUCAUCCAAGAGCCCAGGUAAAUGUUUUAAAGGAUAGGAUGAAAUAAUGGCACCAUGAACUCAGGAUGACUGCUGUCUUCUGGUUUGUAUUAGAGGAACAGGUAAAUAAGAACUGAAGAGGGAGCGUCAAGGCCAUGGGCGACCCCCUGUCAGACUGCAGCCCCCUCAUCAGUGCAGCAGCCUCCUGUAAGAUCCGUCUGGUCCGCCUGCUGGUGGAAGGUGGCGCUCAGGUCAACCGAUGCAACCCAAAAGGAGAGACCCCUCUGCUGGCUGCCUGUAAGGCCCUUAGAGGAGAGCCUGCUGGGCCGGAGACGCUGAAGCUCCUCACCUACCUGCUCCAGAACAAGGCAGAUCCAAACGCUCAGGACCGGGCCGGACGCACCCCUCUGAUGUACGCCUGUAUGGAGCGAGCAGGAGCUCAGGUGGCGUCCGCCCUGCUGGCUGCAGGAGCCGACCCCAGCAUAGAGGACUACUCUGGAGCCUCAGCACUGGUGUACGCCAUCAACGCACAGCACCAGCCCACACUGAAGGUGCUGAUGGACGCCUGCCGGGCCAAAGGUCGUGACAUCAUCAUCAUCGCCACGGAGAUGGGUGUGAACGGAGGCCCGGUGACCAGGCGUUACCUGAAUGUUCCUCCGUCUCCUGAUACCUCGCCGGUGUCCUGCAUGUCCCCGUCUGACAUCGUCCUCAAGACGGGCUCACCCAACUCACCUGAGGGAGAAAACAUCUUCAACUUCAGAGGAACCAGUAAAAGAGGAAGCAGCAGCAGCAGCAGUAGCAGCACCAGACAUCCCUCCUGUGAGCUGAGCCCGUUGAGCCAGUGUAGCACUCCACCGGCCAGACAGAGAGUGUUAUCUGAACCAUGGCUGGCCAUUCACAACCUGGCCUGUCUGAACCGGGCUUACGAGGAGGGCAUGAGGGAGAGUGGCCAGCGGGAGGAGGGCGACAGAGAGGAUUCUGGGAGGGGAGAUGAGGAGCCACAGUUUCAGCAGUCCAGGAUGGAAGAGAGGAAGGAGAGCGUGGUUCAAAGGAGGGAUAACAGAUAUGGAGGAGAGAAUUACAGCAGCUGCCGGGAGGAUUUCCUUCCGAGGCUUUCUCAGUCGGUUCUCUCCCUCACAGAGAUGAGCUCGUCUCAGGCAUCCCCGAGCAGACUGUUCCCUAAGAGGUGUUUGACACCUGGAGGUUCAACGUUGGACAACAUGACCCUAAAAAGUUGUGCUGAUAAGCUUCCCGCCUGCUUGUCUCCUCACUCUCAACUCCGCAGGAACACCCUCCCUUCAGUCAUGGUGGUUCCUCCUCCGCUUCACCUCCCGCCUUUAGUCGACCAAUCGGCCUCCCACCUCCAGGUUCCCACUUCCAAAAGCAGGAGCAUGGUGUUCCUGCCUCACCCGCCCAGCUCCUCUCCACCCUCCUCUUCAUCCAGAGCAUCUGCGAGGCCGGCGUUGCUCCCUCGGCGGCCGCUCGCCUCCUCCGUCACCUCCCUGGUUGCUGCUCCUGCCUCCUGCUGCAGCGAGAGGAGUAGCAGGUCGCCGCGUCGCCACUCGGUACAGCUCGAACAGAUCAGAGGAGGAGGAGGAGAAAGCAUUUAGGCCUUCAUCCCUCCAUAAUGUGGUUCUCUGACAGGAGAAAGCAUAAAGUUCAAGCAGCAGCCUGAAUAUGGGGUUAGAAUGGACAAUGUUUGAAAGCACAAAUCUUCAAAACUCCAACUGAGUAAAUCAUUUUAAGAUGCCAAUAUCACAAAAACAGUUAUUUGUUUUGUAACAGAAGUGCGAAACAAACCAGUCAAAUAUAAAAAAAUAAAAUGACAUUG